CAUCAUAUAGAAAGCAGAAAUUUGAAAAGAAAUAAAAUUAAAGAUAUAUCGAAAAUGGGGAUAGUGGAAGAAGCUCACAACGUGAGGGUUUUAGGAUCAGGCGAGCAAAAAGUAGUUCUCGGGCAUGGGUUUGGGACAGAUCAGUCGGUGUGGAAGCACCUUGUACCUCACCUCAUUGAUGAAUAUCGUGUCAUCCUCUACGAUAAUAUGGGCGCCGGUACGACAAACCCAGAGUACUUCGAUUUCGAACGCUAUUCGACGCUCGAGGGGUUUGCGUACGAUUUGCUUGCCAUUUUAGAAGAGCUUCAAGUUGAUUCCUGCAUCUUUGUUGGCCACUCAGUCUCGGCCAUGGUGGGUUCGAUCGCCUCCAUCGCACGCCCUGAUCUUUUCUCCAAGAUUGUCAUGAUCUCCCCAAGUCCAAGGUGCGCGCGUACAUCCUUAAAUACCAUAUAUGAUAAAUAAACAGCGAGUGUUCGUUUCUUUCGUACUGAGUUUGAAAAUUUCCUUUGAUUUAAUC